AUGGCAAAGAGUAGGGAAAUGGAGAAAGAGCAAGAGGUAAGUCUGAAACCGAUUCAAGAUAAGAAACAAUCGGGAUCCACUGACGAUGUAAGUGAGAAAGAAAAGGCAAUUCCACCUCCCUUUCCUACGUGUAUUCAAAUGUCUAACAAAGCUAGAGAGGAAAAGGAAAUCCUAGAAACUUUUAUAAAGGUCGAGGUAAAUAUCCCUCUUUUAGAUGCAGUCAAACAAGUCCCUCGUUACGCUAAGUUUUUGAAAGAAUUGUGCACCAACAAAAGAAAACUUAUGGGUAACGAGACGAUUAAUAUGAAUGAGAAUGUAUUUUCCGUCCUUCAAAAGAAACUACCCCCAAAGUGCAAAGAUCCAGGUGUUUUCACCAUUCCUUGCAAAUUGGGGAAUGUUACAAUCAAUAGGGCUAUGCUUGAUUUGGGUGCAUCUAUCAAUGUGAUGCCAUUUUCUAUCUUUAAGACUCUAAAUGUAGGCCCCUUACAAGAAACUAGGGUGGUCAUUCAAUUGGCCGAUAGGUCCCUUGUACACCCGAAAGGGGCACCUGAACUAAAGUUGAAGAAACUUCCCGAGCAUCUAAAGUAUGCGUAUCUAGGAGAAGGAGAGAAGCUACUGGUCAUCAUUUCAAGUAGAUUAGACUCAUCCGAGGAAAAGAAGCUCGUUUCCAUGCUAAAACAAUUCAAGGAGGCCAUUGGGUGGACGAUAGCUGACAUAAAAGGCUUGAGACCAUCAACUUGCAUGCACAAGAUUUUGAUGGAGGAUGACUUCAAGCCAUUCGGCGAGGCUCAAAGGAGGUUGAAUCUACCCAUGAUGGAGGUUGUGAAGAAAGAGAUUCAAAAGUUGCUAGAUGCAGGUGUGAUAUUUGCUAUAUCCGAUAGCAAAUGGGUGAGCCCGGUGCAAGUUGUUCCAAAGAAGGUCGGGGUGACUGUAGUGGAAAACGCCGGGGGAGUGAUGGUUCCAACAAGAGUACAAAGUGGUUGGAGAGUAUGCAUAGAUUACCGACGAUUGAACGCCUCAACCCGCAAAGAUCACUUCCCUCUACCUUUGAUUGACCAGAUGUUCGAGAGACUGGCAGGUACUAAAGUUAUUGUUUCUACAGAUCAUGCGGUGUUGCGGCAUUUGAUGGCAAAGAAGGAUGCCAAGCCAAGACUCAUCUGA